CCCCGCCGGCUCCCCCACCGCCGCUCUCCCGCCCGCCGCCGUCCUUCUUCCCCGCCUGCGGGAGCGGGCCUUAGGCCGCCCGCCGAGCACCGGCCUCGCCGGCGGCUCCUGUCCGCGGCGGGUGCCGCAGCCCCGAGGCGCCCUGCGGCCUACCGGGAGGGGAGGCCGCCCCGGCCCGGCGACGAGGGGCGCGCCCGGAGGGUCUCCCCUGCGCUCCUGGCGAUGGGCUUUCGCGGGGCUUGUUGGGCCUGGCCCCGCUCGGAGGUGCGGGCCUUGCCCUCUCCAUGCGGCUCCUUGGCAGCAGGUCCCGGCAGGGGGAGACGGUGCCUGUCAGCCGACGGUCGGGCGCCCGGGGCUCCUCACGCCCUCCGGGGCUGGCAGCUGCCUCCCCGGCGUCGUCUCCCCUCAGGCUGACCCUUGUGAACUCGCUCGCCCCCUCCCAGCCCGGUGGGAGCGGGCCUGUGAUCCGGCAGCGCCGCGGGCAGGUGCGCCCUCAUUGAAGCCUAUGUGUGCCCCGCUUCGAGCACGCCCAGCCCUGUCAGGUUAUACAGGCACAGGAAGGAGGGAGCACUCGAGCCUUUCCCCCUUCUCCCGCAGGCAGCAGGGUGUUGGGAGCAGCAAUGACCAGCAGUGUUUGACUGGAGAGGCCUUGGCAGGCUGAAGAAAACAUCGAUCAGGAUUGUGUACGUUUGGUAUUGAUCCAAGACAAGUAGUUUUCAGUGUCAACAAAGCAGUCUCCGCUCUUUCAACUCUUGUCUAAUUGCACUUUGAAGUGGGACAAGUUGUAGGCCAAAAGGAGAUGUUGCCAAGUAGUACUUCUGGAAUAAAACCUACAUUUUCCCCCGUAACCUUCAGCUUAAUGUUCUUGGUUUGCUACUGUAAUGCUUUACCUCAUACUGUAAUUCUUAAGUUUUUGUUUUGUUGGGUGGGAGGGGAAAGAACUUCUGAAUUCUGAAUAUGUUCUUCUGUCUAACUUCUUGCUGCUCAUUCUAUUUUCUUGCUUCAGGAGCUGACUUGGGCAAGUUCCUGGAAAGUUCACGCUUUUUAAAAAAGAGGAAUAGAACAGGAAAAAAAUGGCAGCAGAAACUCAGACACUUAACUUUGGGCCUGAAUGGCUGCGAGCUUUGUCUAGUGGCGGGAGCGUGACAUCCCCUCCUCUGUCUCCGGCUUUGCCAAAGUACAAACUAGCAGACUAUCGCUAUGGGAGAGAAGAAAUGUUGGCACUUUUUCUAAAGGAUAAUAAGAUACCUUCAGACCUUCUGGAUAAGGAGUUUCUGCCUAUUUUACAAGAGGAGCCCCUGCCACCACUGGCACUUGUACCUUUUACAGAAGAAGAACAGAGAAAUUUCUCGAUGUCUGUAAACAGUGCUGCUGUCCUGCGGUUGACGGGACGCGGAGGAGGAACGGUGGUAGGGGCUCCUCGAGGUCGAAGUUCCUCUAGAGGUCGAGGCAGAGGCCGAGGAGAAAGCGGUUUCUACCAAAGAAGUUUUGAUGAAGUGGAGGGUGGAUUUGGGCGAGGAGGGGGCAGGGAAAUGCACAGAUCACAGAGUUGGGAGGAAAGGGGAGACAGACGCUUUGAAAAACCAGGGCGAAAAGAUCCAGUGAGACCAAACUUUGAGGAAGGUGGGACAGCAACGACGGGGAGGAAGCAUGAGUUUAUACGCUCUGAGAGCGAGAACUGGCGCAUCUUCAGGGAGGAACAAAAUGGGGAAGAUGAAGAUGGAGGCUGGCGACUGGCUGGGUCACGGAGGGAUGGUGAGAGGUGGCGUCCUCACAGUCCAGACGGCCCUCGUUCCGCAGGCUGGCGAGAGCACAUGGAGCGGCGGCGGAGGUUUGAGUUCGAUUUCCGGGAACGAGACGACGAGCGGGGCUAUCGACGGGUACGGUGUGGCAGCGGCAGCAUGGACGACGACAGAGACAGUCUCCCCGAGUGGUGCUUAGAAGAUGCAGAAGAAGAAAUGGGAACAUUUGACUCCUCCGGAGCGUUUCUCUCUUUAAAGAAGGUGCAGAAGGAGCCAAUCCCUGAGGAACAGGAGAUGGACUUCAGACCUGUGGAGGAAGGGGAAGAAAGAUCAGACUCUGAAGGGAGCCACAACGAAGAAGCCAAAGAUCAUGAAAAGACCACCAAGAAAGAGGGGGAGAAAACAGAGAGAGUGGUGGCAGAAACAGUGGAAGAAGCAGCCCAAACAUCUUCACCGGCUACCAGGUCAGAUACCCCACCGAAAUCCCAGCCUCCAGACCCGCUGCAGACGAGCCUCUUUGAAAGGAAGGAAGAGUCUGUGCCAGAAAGAACAGAAAAAACAGAAGACAAAGAGAAUCGAACAGAGAAUACACCACCAGCCAAAAUGUCCAACAGAGGGGAAGAUUUGGCUUCUGUUGCUCAACCUUUGCCACAGAUUUCUGCAGACACAGCUUCUCCUGCUCAUCUUUCUCCUCCUGUUUCCAAUUCAAAUCCUGCUCUGCGGCCAGUUCAAACACCUGUCACAGCUGCUCCAGGCAUGGGCAACAUUCCCACUGACCCAGAUGAUGAAGAGGGCCUCAAACACCUAGAGCAGCAAGCAGAGAAGAUGGUGGCAUACCUGCAGGACAGUGCCCUUGAUGAUGAAAGGCUAGCAGCAAAAAUUCAAGAGCACAGAGCAAAGGGUUCCUCUAUGCCGCUGUUCCAUGAAGCCAUGCAGAAAUGGUACUACAAAGAUCCACAAGGAGAAAUUCAGGGUCCUUUCAGUAAUCAGGAGAUGGCAGAGUGGUUCCAGGCCGGAUACUUCACCAUGUCGCUGUUGGUCAAGAGAGCCUGCGAUGAGACUUUCCAGCCACUGGGAGACAUCAUGAAAAUGUGGGGCAGGGUACCCUUCACUCCAGGUCCAGCACCGCUUCCACACCUGGGCGAGCUGGACCAAGAGCGGCUGACUAGGCAACAAGAGUUGGCCCUGAUCCAAAUGCAGCACCUCCAGUAUCAGCAUCUUCUAAUACAACAACAAUAUGCCCAGGUGCUGGCCCAGCAGCAAAAGGCAGCCCUCUCAUCCCAGCAGCAGCAGCAGCUCGCUAUUCUCUUGCAACAGUUCCAGGCCCUGAAGAUGAGAAUAUCUGAACAGAACAUGAUGCCACCUGUUACAAGGUCUGUGUCAGUGCCGGACACUGGCUCAAUAUGGGAACUUCAGUCAGCUUCACAGCCUACAGUCUGGGAAGGAAGCAGUGUCUGGGAUCUCCCCAUUGAUACUGCAGCUCAGGGACCAGCUCUAGAACAACUUCAGCAGCUCGAGAAGGCCAAAGCUGCAAAGCUAGAGCAAGAGAGGAGAGAAGUGGAAAUGAGGGCCAAACGAGAGGAAGAGGAGAGGAAAAGGCAGGAGGAGCUUCGGAGGCAACAAGAAGAGCUACUUAGGAGGCAGCAGGAAGAUGAGAGGAAACGACGGGAAGAAGAAGAACUGGCCCGCAGGAAGCAAGAGAUGACAGUGAGAGCUGAGAGGGGUGAAGCAGUAGACUUAAUCUGCCUGGACUUCAGGAAGGCUUUUGAUGUAAUACUGCAUAAAAGACUAGUAUAUAAGGAGGAAGCCCUGAGGCGACAACGAGAGCAGGAAAUUGCACUAAGGCGGCAGCGGGAGGAAGAGGAGCGGCAACAGCAGGAGGAAGCACUUAGAAGACUGGAAGAGAGAAGAAGAGAAGAGGAGGAAAGACGGCAGCGAGAGGAGUUAAUUCGUAAACAGGAAGAGGAGGCUGCCAAGUGGGCUCGUGAAGAGGAGGAAGCUCAACGGCGACUUGAAGAAAGUCGGCUACGCAUGGAAGAAGAGGCAGCCAGACAGCGGCUCGAAGAAGAAGAGCGAAAGCGCAAGGAGCUGGAACUCCAGCGCCAGAAAGAAAUAAUGAGACAGAGGCAGCAGCAGCAGGAGGCUUUACGACGGCUGCAACAACAGCAGCAACAGCAGCAACUUGCACAAAUGAAGCUCCCUUCAUCUUCGACAUGGGGUCAGCAAUCAAAUUCAGGAGCUUGUCAAUCCCAGACCACACUGUCAUUGGCAGAAAUCCAAAAGUUAGAAGAAGAACGAGAACGGCAGCUUCGAGAAGAGCAAAGGCGUCAGCAGCGUGAACUAAUGAAGGCCCUCCAGCAACAGCAGCAGCAACAGCAGCAAAAAUUGUCAGGCUGGGGUAAUGUCACCAAACCAACAGGCACCACCAAGUCCCUGCUGGAGAUACAGCAGGAGGAGGCAAGGCAGAUGCAGAAACAGCAGCAACAGCAGCACCAGCAGCCGAACAGAGUCAGAAAUACUACGCACUCUAACCUGCACACCAGCAUUGGGAAUUCAGUGUGGGGCUCCCUAAACACUAAUCCCAGCAACCAGUGGGCAUCUGACCUAGUCAGUAGCAUCUGGAGUAAUGCUGAUACCAAAAACUCAAACAUGGGUUUCUGGGAUGAUGCAGUGAAGGAAGUGGGACCUCGUAACUCGACCAAUAAAAACAAAAGCAAUGCCAGCCUCAGUAAAUCUGUGGGUCUUACAAGUAGACAAAACAAGAAGGUGGAAGAAGAGGAGAAGCUGUUGAAAUUGUUCCAGGGGGUUAAUAAAGCCCAGGAUGGAUUCACUCAGUGGUGUGAACAGAUGCUUCAUGCACUCAACACAGCCAACAACUUAGAUGUUCCCACGUUUGUUUCUUUCCUGAAGGAAGUGGAGUCUCCCUACGAGGUCCAUGAUUACAUCAGAGCCUAUCUUGGAGAUACUCCUGAGGCCAAGGAGUUUGCCAAGCAGUUUCUCGAGCGCCGUGCCAAACAGAAAGCCAGUCAGCAGCGACAACAGCAGCAGCAACAGGAUUCAGUGUGGGGGAUGAACCACAGUUCGCUACAUUCGGUCUUUCAGACCAACCAGAGCAACAACCAGCAAUCCAACUUUGAGGCUGUGCAGAGCGGGAAGAAGAAGAAGAAACAGAAAAUGGUUCGCGCAGAUCCCAGCUUGCUAGGGUUUUCAGUGAAUGCCUCGUCAGAGCGGCUCAAUAUGGGAGAAAUAGAGACUUUGGAAGACUACUGAGCAUGUGCAAAUCAACUGGCUUUUCCUGCAUCUGUUAACCAUGGAUUCUCCGUUUUGGACACAGUACUCUCCACCACGCCUUCUCCUUCGCCUCGCAGUGAAUCACAGGAUCAAUCAUCUCAGGCUGCUUCCUCGAGCCCCAGCAAAACCCUUUCUGCCCAGGACUGCACAGGCAUCGUUCCUCCCGUCAGCCUAGAGUCGAGUGGACUUUGUUGAGAGUCCUGGGAGGGUGGGAGACAGGAUUCCUUCACACCGAGGCUGAUUUUUGGGCAGCAAAGCUUUCACUGUGCUGUGAUUUCUUCUGCUGACAUACCUGGAAAAAAAACAAAAAACAAAAUAAUAUCAAUUGGGAUUCUGCAAACGCAUUGCUUCCCUCUCCUGGUUCCUCUUACCACAUCCAACACGUACAGUCAUGGAGAGAGAGAGAGAGAGAGAGAGUUUGUGGUUAACAGAUGUUGGUCAAAACCAAAAUGCCACACAGAUACUGACUUCCACGCUCCAUCAGGGCAAGAGGUGCUCUCCCAGGCCAGGAGUUGCAUUCAUAAGCUAACCUUAGGACUGGCGACAGCAGGAGAGGGGCGGUGGCGGGCGCAGUUUAGCUUGGGUUGGUUUGAAGUUGCACACCCCCCUGCCAGCCCUUCUCAGCACAUUAUUUUUUUUUUUGGAGGGAAAGCUCGAGUCUGUCUUCAUUAGGUGGUGAUGCUGAAGCUGGUGGAGUUCCCUGUCGGCAUUAUUCAGCCUUUCUGGACAAGUGGGGACUUCUACUCUGGGGGGGAAAGAAAAAAAAGGAAAAAAGAAAUAAAGUGGGGUGGCAUCUCUUCUUUCAGGUUGAAUUUAUCCCUUAAAUGCUACCUUGGGAGGGUUAGGACCAGUUUAUUUUGAGCUCUUUUCCUGCAAAUUUGUCUCGUUUAAGAGACAGUAGGAUCUUUACGGUGUGGAUCUGUAGUCUUUGGUGAGGGUGAACACUGGCUUUCAGAGACGUACCCCAGCAGUCUUAGCGAGUUGUCAUGUCAAGCAGUGCUUGGGUUAACGAGCAGAGAUGCCCUUUUUGUCCUGAAGAGAGACUGUGGAGGGGCGAAGCGAUGUGCAAUGAUGGCCCUGCUUGUCUUCUACACCUUAAAUAUCUCACGCACCUUCACUGGGAUCCAUAAUCUUUUAAGUAUUUAUGGAGUCAUCACCUUCCUCUCUCACCGAAAGAUUAACACCACCUUCCCUUCUCCACCCACCCACCCACGCGCACACACACCACAAAAAGAAAGGAAAUGGAAACUGCCAAAUGCACUUAGUUUCAACCCCCUGGUCCCGUCUCCCGUUCCCAGAGGGUUGUCACCUGCCAAGGGAGAUACGCUACAGUCAGUCCUGGUGGAGUUGUAUAAAGGUGUCUGUCGUUCUGUCAUCACUGCCUAAAGAAAACAGUUCGAGUUGGCUCGAGAGCAGUUUGGCUUUGGAUUUUAUUUCGUUUGGUUUCUUCAUUUUUUGGGGUCACCUUCCCCCUCCUCCUCCUCUCUCUUCCCCCUGCCCCCCAAACAUGUACAGUAACUAUACAGAGACUGCUGCAGACUUGUAUAUAGUUUUUGGAUCCAAUAGCAUGGAGAGACUUGGAACUGUUGCAAAUCUGGUCUCCCUGUCUCCUUUGCUUUGUAAAUUCAUAAAAGGGGGAAGAGGGGUAGUUAAAAUGUUUACAAAACUUUAAACUCCCUCUGAACUUUUGCCAGUGUGGGGGGGGAAAAAAGAGAGAACUUAAAUAAAACCUGGUUGUAUUAUA